AUGGAGGUUUGUUUUUCGUUUUAUGGGUACGGUGGUACAGGUAAAACAUUUGUGUGGAAAACCUUAUCAGCUGCACUACGCUCAAAGCGUAAAAUUGUUUUGAACGUUGCAUCCAGCGGAAUUGCUUCGUUACUCAUACCUGGUGGUCGGACUGCACAUUCCCGUUUUGCCAUACCAAUCGCUGUGAAUGAGGAUUCCACUUGCAAUAUUUCACAAGGCAGUGAUCUAGCGGAGUUAAUAAUUAAAUGCAGCUUGAUUAUUUGGGAUGAGGCACCUAUGAUGCACAAGCAUUGCUUCGAAGCAUUAGAUAGGACAAUGCGUGAUAUAUUAAGAUUUGCUAAUCCAUCAAGUUGCAACUUGCCAUUUGGAGGGAAAACAGUUGUUCUUGGAGGUGAUUUUAGACAAAUCUUACCGGUGAUACCAAAGGGUACCAGGCAAGAUAUUGUUGGCUCAAGUAUUAACUCUUCUUAUUUAUGGAGUCAUUGUAAGGUAUUGAGGUUAACUCAAAAUUUGAGGUUGCAAAAUGUGGGCUCUACUGGAGAAAGGAGAAACCUUGCUGCUUUUGCUAAUUGGAUUGCGGCUAUAGGUGAUGGCCAGCUUGACUCAGUUUGUCCGACGGAAAACACUCCUGAUUCAGUUGCCGCACUUCACACCCCGGAGUUCUUAAACGCGGUUAAAGUGCUCUG